UUAAACUUGUUUUUGUGGCGGCAGCAGUCAAUGGCAUUCGUAGUCUGAGUCCAGGUACUAAGCCACUGCAUUGCAUAGUUUUAUAACUUCACGUUUCACCGGUUUUAUUUGAAAGUAUAAAAGUAUUUAUUUUUAUUUAGUGAUGUGCCAAUUAUUUAUUAAGAACGAAUGCCUCUUAAAGUUUAGGUCAAUUUAGUGUUUAGAAACUUUUUAUAAAGACUGUUUAUCCUAAGAGGAAAAGUUUUAUUUGAAAAUAUUAAACCGGUUUUGAAGAAGUUUGAAGAGUUUAGUGCCUCUGAGAAGGAAAAGGCGGCUUUGGUGUAAAAAGUAUUAAUUCAUCUAGCUGAAUAUGUGGUUAAUACGAUUCCUACUCUUAAAUAUAAUAUUAUUACAUUCUGUAAUAUCAGAAGAUGUUGGCGAGAGCUGUAUGACAAAUGAGCCAAUAUCAGAAGGUAAAUGUACUACCGUUUCCGACUGUGAGGCAGCUCGCAUAGCAAUAAAAAACAAGCAAUUUCAUCUUUUUAAAAGAUGUGGUUUUAGUGGAUUUGAUGAAGUGGUCUGUUGUCCCGUCACUACUAAUAAAUUUGUUGGAGAUGAAACAAGAAUGAAGGCAGAGAGAAUAGCAGAUAGAGAAUGCCAAAAAAUUAUUCAAUCAAGUAUACCUCCUUUGGACCUGCAUAUCUUGGGAGGUGAGGCAGCGUCUCUGGGGGAAUUUCCACAUAUGGUAGCUCUUGGAUACGAUCGUGGAGACGGCUACGAGUUCGAUUGCGGUGGGUCUGUGUUGUCACGGAGGUAUGUCCUGAGCGCCGCACAUUGCGUGGACACCUUGGAUAGGAUACAGCCGACAGUUAUUCGCGGUGGUGUAAUAGAAAUUGGUGGCAAACAGUUCAACCCAGAAACUGAUGAUAGAAUAGCGGAGAUCAUAUUGAACCCGAGGUACACAAGACGGGAGAAAUAUCAUGAUUUGGCGUUGCUCAGAUUGGAGAGACCUCUACAGUUCACCAGUAAUUUGAAUGCUGUGUGUUUAGAAACAAAUGAUAGGGAUCCCACCACACCGCUUACAAUAACUGGAUGGGGAAAAACUAGUAACACACGGGACACGAGAAGCAACGUGCUACUGAAAGCGAAUGUGACCACCGUAGGACGGAGUCAGUGCGGCGAGUCGUACACGAACUGGCGCAAACUGCCCGACGGCAUCUCACCAGACCAGAUGUGUGCCGGCGACCCUCAGGGCAUCAGAGAUACAUGUCAGGGUGACUCUGGGGGCCCCCUUCAGAGUACGACAGCGGACGGGCUGAACCGUCUGGUGGGCGUGACGUCAUUCGGGCGCGGCUGCGGGUCUCCCGUGCCCGGCGUGUAUACGCGCGUCAGCCGAUACCUCGACUGGAUCGAGAGCGUCGUGUGGCCCAACGCUUAAAUAAACACUAUACUUAAA